CCGGAAGCGGCGCUGACGAGGGGCUGGCGGAGCGGGGCGCUGGCCGCUUUGCUGCUUGUGUACUUUUGGAAGACUCAAUUUGUUUGUCAAGCAGACUGAUCCUUCUCUGUUGCUUUACUGAUGCCGGUAGCAAAAACUAGUUGCCAGCUUCCAUACCCUUUGGGAUGUGUAAUUAAGCAUGCUGCUUCAACACAAAAGAUGAACCUUAAAGCCUUUUCAGAUACAGAGCACUCAACCCAACCUGCAGUAGAGAGACAUCUGUGCCACCAUGACUAGAAGAGGGAUUUAACCCUUGCAGAAAGGAUUUAACCCUGCCAAGAAGUGGCAGUUGUCCUGCAUUGGAUCCUGCCAGGUAACUUCGAAUAGGCAUUGCCAAUGGAUGAACUGGUGCAUGACUUGGCCUCCGCUUUAGAGCAGACUUCAGAGCAGAACAAACUGGAUGAGCUAUGGGAAGAGAUGGCGCUAAGCCCACGGCAGCAGCGGCGUCAGCUUCGCAAGAGAAGGGGUCGUAAGCGACGGUCAGACUUCACACAUCAGGCAGAACAUGCCUGCUGCUACAGUGAGGCCUCAGAGUCGAGCUUGGACGAAGCUGUCAAGGAUUGCCGUGAGGUGCUGACAGCUAAUUUCAGUGACUCUGAUGACAUGGCAGUGGUCAAACGGCAUCCAGCUCUUAGUGCCACCCUGAGGAGCAAGCAACACUUGUGGCAUGAGUCAGACUCCUUUACAGAGAAUGCGCCCUGCCGACCUCUCAGGCGCCGACGGAAAGUCAAACGUGUGACAUCAGAGGUGGCUGCCAGUCUUCAGCAAAAGCUCAGGGUGUCAGAGUGGAACUAUGAGAGGGGCUGCAGGUUCAAGUCAGCCAAGAAACAGCGUCUUUCACGCUGGAAAGAGAAUGCCCCUUGGACAUCAUCCAGUCAUGGCCUUUGCGAGUCAGGAGAGAACAGGCCCUUCCUCAGCAACGGGGGAAGGAAGGAGCGGAUGGAGUGUGAAGCCGAUGAUCAGAAACAGGGUUCAGAUGAAAACAUGUCGGAAUGUGAAACCAGCAGUGUUUGCAGCAGCAGUGAUACUGGCCUCUUUACCAAUGAUGAAGGCCGCCAAGGAGAUGAUGAGCAAAGUGAUUGGUUUUAUGAAGGAGAGUGUGUUCCAGGAUUCACUGUCCCGAACCUUCUUCCCAAGUGGGGAGCGGAUCACCGAUCUGAAGUGGAGAGGAUUGACUCAGGCCUGGACAAGCUCUCUGUUUCCACCUUCCUUUUGCCCUCACAGCCAGCUCAGAGAGGAUUUCAUGCUCGCCUGAAUCGCCUUCCAGGAGCUGCUGCCCGUUGUCUCCGUAAAGGUCGGAGGAGGCUGGUUGGCAAGGAGACCUCCAUGAGCACUCUGGGCACCGAGAGGCUAAGUCACAUUGUUAGUGAUCCACGCCAGAAAGAUUUUUGGUUACCAUCCAUGGGGAAGAGAGACCGCAACCAGUUCAAUCCAUUAUCUCCUCUCUACUCUCUGGAUGUGCUUGCUGAUGCUUCCCACCGAAGAUGCUCACCAGCACACUGCACUGCCAGGCAAGCAAAUGUCCAUCUGGGACCACCAUGUUCAAGGGACAUCAAGAGGAAACGAAAGCCAGCUGCAGCCUCCAUGUCUAGCCCAACAUCAGCAACUUUAUCUGUCCACAUGGAUGCAGCAGAAUCAGAGCUACCAGCAGCACCAUCCUUGAGAUCCCAGAACUCUGAGUGGACUGGGAAAACACCAGCAGCUGAGAAAUCUACUAUUGCUGCCUCCAGUAACUUUUUUAAAAUGCCACCAGAGAAGAGCCCUGGAUACAGCUAAAAGGGAAGCACUGCAACUGUAAAGGCUUGCUCGACUUUGGAAGUGUUUGAUUCUGGUGUUUGUCUGCACCAAACAUCUUGUUUGGCAGUGUGGUAUCUUCAGUAUUGGUGCGUGGUGCGUGCCAUCAUCCAGGCUGGUCUGUGUGCCUCACACACCUAAAUCAUGUUUGUGAAUCUAUGUUUAAGAAAAGGUAAUCAGUGUUGGGACUGCAGUGGCUUUUAGAAAUUUUCCUGCUAUCACUGUAUUUAUUAUGAAUUCAUCUCUUUCCCUGAUUCCAGCUCAUAUGUAAUGGGUCAUGUACAGGUUUUCUUUUGGGUUUUCAGAUCCUUAUUCACUCUCUGGACAUGUUGCUUGUUUGUGUACUUGGCAUUUUCAGGGUGAAAGUCCCACUGCCAUUCAGGGAGACAGGAGUCUCCCUCUGCUUGCUUCCAGACCAGAAGGAUUUCUUGGCUGGGGAAUGAGGAGGGAGUGCUAACACAUUGAAACAUGGAACCUGAAUCCUGUAUUAGCAGAAUGUUUUCUGGCCAUGUGCUAACAGACUCAAAUCAUGUUGCUUCUGGCAAAGCAAAUAUGGUGCUUGUCUUUGUAGAAAUUGCCAUUAGCACGCUGGCAGCAUUGUCCAUUCAACCUUUUCCUUCUCCCUUGUUCUGAAUGUCUUCAGUCUUUAUUGCAUAUUGCAUGUUCAUUCCUAAACCUCCUACUGGAUAAGGAUUUGGGAGAGCUACUUGGACUAAAUGUGCAAGCUGGUGUCCUGGAUGGAAACCCAGAGCCUUGAAUAUUGUUGCAGUGUGGUAGAAGAUUAUACAAAACAUCCAUAUCUCAGUAUAUAAAUUAAAAAAAUGUCUGUUAGUGUUUCUAAAGGAUGCUUUUUGAAGUUAACAUUCCAUUGAACAAAAAAGCCGUUUAAAGUGUCACCUGAGUUCAGAGCAUUAUAGGUAUAGAUCAGACUCCUUCUGUAUCAUGCUUCCUCUUCCUUCAAAAGUAUUGUCUGCUACACCUACUGGAGGUGUCUCCACCUGCUGAUAAUUGCACAUUACACUGCAGUGUACACUAAAGAGAUUCUCUUCACAGAACGUCCCCUCGGUCUGCUGUUACCUCCUGUGUUGCAGAAUAUAUGGACAGGGAUUUCUUCUCUCUCUGUAAUAACUCCGGAGCUUGUCUUCAACUAUGUUUUCAGCAUAUGUACUUGCAUAGCAUGUACCAAGGAACAGGUGGCCUCACAGCUUCUUAAGUCCUUUAAGUCCUGUUUGUAUGAAUAGAACUUUUUGCUUUCCUUGUGUGGAGCUUUCAGACAGGACUGUUUAAACUUGUAAAAUCUGUUUUGAUUGUGGCAGUUCAUCUAGCACUCUUAAGCAGACAGCAAAAUUUGUGUGAUUUUACUGAUUUUGCAGUGUUCUGUUCUCUUAUGAAUCAAAUGACUGAGGGACAGAUUUGAUUGGGUGAAUAUGAAGCAGUGAUUUAUAUUAGCUGUGUGUUAAAAUGGGAAAUGGUCAUAAUAUACACAAAACAAACUGAAUGACUGUAAAUCAUGAUUGACAGAUAUAGUUAGUUAUACUACAUGCACACUGUGUCUGAUCCCCUAAUACCUACUUAUUCUUGGGGAGACAUCCAAAUUGGAUUUAUAUUUUGCAGCACAAGCAAACUGUCAGAUCUGUCACUAUAAAUCCUUCUCAAAACUCUUUUUUUUCUUUCUUUUUUUUUUAAAUUUUUUUAUUUGCGUGGUACAUUUAAGAAGUAAUUAGAAUGGGGAAACCCUUUUUACCUUAAUGAUGGAAUACAGAAGUCCAUUUGGAUUACAGGACAAGCUGUAAUAGUUUAUAAAGGAAGAAAUGUUCCUGUUUUAAAGUUGUCAUGGCUUUUUCUUAUUUGUAGCUAUUUUGAACAACGAUGCCUAAGGGGUAACACAGGAAGUUUCAGCACUGGAGGGCCUGUAAUUUAAAACAUCUGAAGAGAAGGUAAACCUAAAGAGUAGUAGUUUGACUAUCUAGUACUCAUGAAUACAGUGAAUGGGAAAGGUGAUAAUGUUCUCCUGACAACUUGCAGAUAAAAUUUAGGAUUUGAAGCCUUGUAAUCUAAGCUGCAUGCUGCUCUAAUGAUAAUGAAUGGUUCCCUGAAAGAGCAUUUGUGAAAUUGACUGGUUUUUAUCUUGUGGAGUAUCCUCCACAACCUCUCUUAGUUUGAGUCUGUUCAAGAGAUUUACUCAGAUUACUGACCAUUCAGCUUUAUGCAAUAAAUACAAUUUAUUUUAUUUACAUACAAUUUUAGCCAUUGUAUUCCCUUUUAAAAAUCAGUUGUGAUAUAUCUUGCUACAUUCUAAGUAUUGUCCAAAUAGUUUUUUCUCUUCUGUGAUGUCAGGAUGAUUUAAAAGCUUUUUCAAGAAAGGUGUUAGGGAAUCAAGAGCUUUCAUCUCAUUGUGGUGGUGGAGGGGUGGAUUGCGAUGCUUCAUGUGAUUUUUCUCUGGGUGCAGGGAAAGAGAAUUUAUCAUAUUUUCCUAUUGAGGUCAGUAGCACUGUUAUCUGGUUAAGCCCUUACUUAGGUUGUAAGCUCCUAGGAGGUAUUUCUUGUCUUUAAAGGCAGAUUGUACCCGUGGCAGUACUGAAGAGCAACUGUGGCAGUGUCUUGACAAGCCAUACCUCCUGCCAUGGCAACUUCCUGGAAGUUCCAGGAGACUCCAAUUAUUGCAGCUGCCCUGUCUUUUCUAUUUCUAGGUUAGAAUCCAUUUACAAAUCAGUCAGAUUCUCAACCAAAUUCUCCUGAGUGGUAAGCAACCUAAAUGGAUCAUGUAUCUUGUUACUCUAGGGUAUUUAUCAAAAUAUAUCUUCAGACUUCAGUAACUUGAUACAGAUUUUAGUACCUACAGCAUUAUUAGAUGAAUAAAAUAAGUCCAUUGAUUUGCCUCUUUUUUUUCAUCUAAGGCAGAUUUCUUAAAACUCACUCUGCACACACAGUACUCAGUGUGAAGGAUACUGCUUCCCAUGUGGAUUACUUGAGUAGAAAGGAGUAAUAACAUGCCUUGCUUUAGUUGCUGUGCUUCUGCCAAGAUGGUCCAGUAUGUGAUUAUUGCUCCAAAGAUACUCAGCUCACUCAUAUUUCACUUUUUGUGCACCAGGACGUCCCAGUCUUUUUUCAGUUUUGUCUUCUCUCUAGUUGUCUUCCUCCUUGUCGUUAUGGCACACUUCAACUUUGCAGACAGGACCUGGGAAUACCAUACUACAGUGACAAGCAAGUCUGGGAAAUUCCUGAAGUAUGUUGAAGAUAAUUUGUAGUCACAAGUACUCAGCCAACUAGGAAAGAUCCCCUCCUAAAUCUGUUAUUUAUUAAUGAAGAAGGAUUUUUGAGAGAUAUGAUGGUAGGUGGCUGCCUUUGCCACAGGAUCGUGAAAUGGGUCGUUUUAAAAUCUUUGAUGUAAUGAGAAAAAUGGUCAGCAAGGUUCCUACCCUGAAUGUCAACAGAGCUGACUUUAGGCAACUCAGUGAGCUAGUUACUAGUGUGCUGUUCCUUGAGUCUGGUCAGUUUUUUAGGAAUCACCUUUUAAAAGCACAAGAGCAGGUGAUCUCUGUGUUGAAAGUCAAACACGCCAUGCAGAAGACCAGCUUAACAGGGAACUCCUCUUGAAUCUCAGGAAGAGAAGGAUUCUAUGAUCUCUGGAAGCAAGGUCAGGCUUCACAGAAAAAUUACAGAGCUGUAGUUCACAUAUGCAGGGAGAAGAUAUUAAAGACCAAAACUUAAUUAGAGUUGAAACUGGCCAGAAUUGUUGUGUUAGACAAGCAAGGGUUUUUGAAGUACAUAAAUAGCAAGAGGAGGUCUAAGGAAAACAUUGGACUGAUAUUUGUUGUGAAUGAUCACCUGACAAAUUGGAGUGAAGAAGAGGUGGGGGGCAUUCAGUACUUUUUUUUGCCUUGGUCUCAUUAUAAUACUGACAGACCUUGGGCUGCUCUGUCUUCUGAUUUGGAGGAUCGUUACUGUGGGAAUAGUGACUUUGUGCACAUGGAGAUUGUAAGGGACCAGCUGAAUGUUUGUAAGUCUAUAAAGCCAGGUGGGAUUCAUCCCAGAGUACUGAAGGAGCUAGUGGUUGUUGUAGCGUGACCUCUCUCAAUCCCUGCUGAAGUCUGGGAAAGGUCUAUCUUUGGGAGUCUGGGAAAGGUUUAUCCUGACUGAAAUCUACUCAGUGUUAUUCUAGUUUACAAGAAGGGCAUGAAGUGAGACCCAAGAAACACAGACCUGCUAGUAUAGCCCCAGUACCUGGAAAAAUUGUAGAGGAGAUCAUACUGGGUGCUACUGAAAGGCAAUUAAAGUCCUUUAAAUCACAGAAUCAUAGAAUAUCCUGAGUUGGAAGGGACCCACAGGGAUCAUCAAGUCCAAUCAAACGGGUCUGGUGAGUGAUGUGGUGGUUGAUGGUGAAGGUGAUGAUACAUACCCCUUCUUGUCUCUGGGGACCUCGUGCAAUUGCAACAGUUUUUCACAGAUAGCAGUGACCAAUCUUAAAAUGACACACUUCUGUGUAUAGGGAGAAGAUGGACAGAAAGAGAAAUCAAAAACUGAGAGAAGCAUGUUUCCUAGUUGUUCUUUGCACAUUCCGGUAGUUCAGUGAGCUCUAGUCAGUAUUAAUGCCAAGCUUGGUAAGUCCUGGAGAAGACUGACUAAAAGAAUGUAGUUUCUGUCAUGAUGGAUUUAUGAUUUUAAGGUACAGUAACAAGUGGAGAAAGCAGCAAAACAGGAGCUGGAGAGAAACUUGUUAGAGGCUGGGACUAGUGCUACUGGAUGAUAGAUUAGCUUUGUGAUUGUGGUAUGCAGAGGCGUGUCUUGCCAGCAUCAUUCUUGAAUAAUGACAUUGAGUAGGUUAGUGCUGUCCUUCAAACUGUAGAUGCUCUUGCUGUUAUAUUCUGGAUGUUGUAGAGAUCUGCUUAGUGGGCAGAGGAUGAGAAGGGAAAUUGUAGGAAGGGCAACAAGAAGCAUGAUGGAAUGCCUCUUUUAUUGUAACCCCUUCUGUACUGAAGAAGGAAGAUGCUACAAAAACCAUGUGUGCCUAGAUACAUACAAAAAGUAUGUGUGCCUAGAUAUUGAAAAGAAAUUAUGUUAAGUGGAUAGGAACUUUGCUUCGUUGUCUUGAGGAACAGUUUGUAACCAGAGAAUUUUUCAGUAAAGGAAAAGUGAAGGAUACUACAUUUGUUCAGAAAAUGUAUUUUAAUGGUCUGUUAGGAAACCAUCAAAGGAAGAUGAACUUAUGUUCUCAUUGUUUUACUUCAUUUCUGUGUUUUUGUUUCCUGUAUUCUGUUCCAGUUUGUGUUUUGUGAUUGCAACAUCCUUUUGUACCAUCAAGUGGAGGAAAAAUUCUUUACAGUAAUGCUUCUUAAGGCAUGAAGCAUAAGGGGACACUUGCUAUACAGGAGGUAAAAGAUUAUCUUAGGCCAUUAACUUUAUUCAGUACAAGGCUUGAACUCAGCACAGAGGACAUAAUGGCUUAAUUGUACCAAAGCAUCUCUUUUUAAGAGAGUGAAUAGUGCCACAGGCGAGUGCCACAGUGCCACAGGCAGGUCAACUAAACUGGCAGCAGUGCCUGCAGACCCAUGUGCGGCUGGGCCUCAGUCAUUUGACAUCUAAUACAGAUUUACAUUGUAGAGAUAGAAGGAACUUUCAACAUCGUUCUCAACUUUAAUGUGGUGAGAAUGCCUUCCCAUGCAAGCAUGGCUGUCACUGUGAGUCCAGCGAGCUGAAAAGGUGUGCUCACUGGCUUGCUAUGUCAAGAGAAUUCUUGUACCACCUUCAAGAAUUGGUAAAACUGGAAAAUGGACUGGUACAGCCUGUUAUAUCAGAGAAAGAUGCAACAUACAUAUACUUGCAGACAAUAAUCAAGAAAAGUAUUGCUGAGUCCUGGAUGUUAUGAGCUAGAGUAUUCAAUGUCCUAAAGCAGAGAUGCCAGUAUUAGGAUAAUCAGGGUUUUGCAAAGCUGCCCUCUUGUCCUUAUAAACUCUGAAGGAAUUGGGAUGAACAGCCUGAAAAAUGCUGUACUGUGUCAGACCAAAGGUCUGCUUGUCUUGGUAGUCUGUCUCUCACAGUGACCUGGUUUGCCUACCUGGGGGGUACUGUAAAGAUAAAGCAGUAAUAUAGGGAUACUUUUUUUUAGUGUUCUCUUAGCCCAGUGUCCUGCCUCAAAAAAGAUGUACAAAUUUUUUUUUGAGGCUGGAGAAAACAUUUUUGAACUUUUGGUUAGUGUAUUUAUCCUGCAAUGGGAUUUAAAUAUAUUUUUACAAGGACACAUCCUGAUGAUGAAAACAUCAAGUAAGGAUUAGCAUAUCUUUUUUUUGUAGUCAGUUUUCUUAUUAAUUACUGUCUUUAUAAGUAAAUAGCAUCUUCUCUUGGAAUAUUUUUUUCCUAAUAUCAACAUCCUGACAUUGCUUCUUACCAUGCUUUUUUUUCAGCAAGGGUGAAAAAUCUUGUUCUUUCUUUUCCAAUGAUGCUUUUUAGACAUGUAUUUGUAUGCCCAGUCAACAAGUCCUAUGUAAUCCACUAACCCAUAUAAAUCAUUUUUCAUAAGCUUCAUACUGUAAAACUUGUCAUUUAACCUUUAAUUGUGCUCCUGCAUGAAAAUCCCCAGUAUUCCACAUCCAUGUGCAUUCAGUUCUAGUGUCUAUACUUAAAGUAUUCUUCAGAGUUACAGAGUAAGUGUUAAGAGUCACUUGUGGUACUUCUCAUAGAGUGUUCUGAUAUUGCUAUUCAGGCUUCCUAUACUCAUAUACCCAAAUAUGCUGCCAGUUUUUGCUGCCCAAACGCUGCUGUAAUACUACUACAGGAGGUGGUAUUCAGGCAGUUGAACCUAAAAUUCUUACCACCGCUUUUCAGUGUACAAGGUCCUAGAAAGUAAGAAUUAUUUUUUUUUAAUUCAAAAAUCUAUUGCAUUUCCUUUAGCAGUAUUAUAGUGCAAUUUUGUACCAAUCAUAUUUAUAGUUUGCAAUACUUAAGAGCUCAGUCUGUUUAGUUUUAUCAGAAGAAAAUCAAAGGUGUCAUGACUGUGUGGUAGAAAACCUUUAUGGCAUUGGAAAUUCUAAGUAAUAAAGCAUCUUUUUUCUUGCAGGUGGCAUAUAAAUUAACUUGGAGCUAAACCUAGGCUGCCUAGAUUGGUGCAUGUGAGAUUUCAUUUCUGGAGGCAUUUCUAAGAGGCCCAUGAUCUGAGACUGGUCUGGUCUGACCAGAGUCCUUGGGCACUGCUGAAGUCCUUGAAUUUUCCCUCAGGUUUUGACAACACCAGAUAGUGAGCCAAAGCUACCAUCAGUUGCAUUUCAGCUUCCUCCUGCUGUCAAAGAGGGCUCUCCUAGAGAUAGCUCACAAAAAGGUCUACUCAGAGUCUGUGAAGAGCUGCCUUGUGCAUGUCCCACAUAUUUUAUGAGGUGAUAAGAUUUAGCUGUUUGGUAGGGGUUGGACUCUGGGUUCUUGGGACUUUAUUUUAAGGGUAACAUGUAAAUAAGAAAGAUUCCUGCUUGUAUUCCUCUGUUUUAAAUAAGAUGUGUAUUCUCUGAAUGAGGCUCUUGCAGAAUCUCUGUUCUGAUUAUAGAAACUGGAAAUAAAUCAAUAUAUGAAAGAA